AGCCAUUAGGGUUUUCCCCGUAGUUGCCGUGCUUUAUAUACCCUUGUCACGCGCUCCUACCGCCUUCUCCACCUCGUGCCGCCGCCGCCGCAGGAGCAUCUCAACUCCGCCUCGAGCCCCACCAGCUCGCCGGUCUCAGCCAUGGUGAAGUACUCGAGGGAGCCGACCAACCCCACCAAGUCCGCCAAGGCCAUGGGUCGUGACCUCCGUGUUCACUUCAAGAACACCCGCGAGACAGCUUUUGCCCUCAGGAAGCUGUCACUCACCAAGGCCAAAAGGUACCUUGAGGAUGUGAUUGCCCACAAGCAGGCCAUCCCGUUCCGCAGGUAUUGUGGUGGUGUUGGGCGAACUGCUCAGGCUAAGUCUCGCCACUCAAAUGGGCAGGGACGCUGGCCUGUCAAGUCUGCUAAAUUCAUUCUGGACCUUCUCAAGAAUGCAGAGAGCAAUGCUGAGGUAAAAGGUCUUGAUGUGGAUACCCUCUAUGUGUCGCACAUUCAAGUGAACCAGGCUCAGAAGCAGAGGCGCAGGACCUACCGCGCUCAUGGACGCAUCAACCCUUACAUGUCCUCCCCGUGCCACAUCGAGCUCAUCUUGUCAGAGAAGGAAGAGCCUGUGAAGAAAGAGGCUGAGUCUCAGAUUGCAACCAGGAAGGCUUAGAGAAGGGAUCAUCUUCUGUGAUUGGCUGAGUGAAAAUUUUGGCUGAUUAUUUGUCAUCUUAUAUUGUAUCUGAGUAUUGUUCGCUAGUGCUUUGUUACUUUGAUCACUACCUGAACUGCACAUACAAUUCACCAGUCUUGAGAAUUGUCUCGGGUUUUCAUAUUUUGUGCUGAUGGUGAUGUCACUGAUCGUGUUAAUUUGCAAUUUUGCUGGUA